UUGGUGCAUCCCAGCCCUGCUCUGAGCGGUUCCUGGGUUGGCUUCUCAGGCUCGUGGAGGUGAAGAGCAUGGCCGACCGGAUCAUCAGCAUGCGGACUCAGCUGGUGUCCAACCUCAAGAAAGAGGGAUCCUCCCACAACUGGCAGCACAUCACUGACCAGAUCGGCAUGUUCUGCUUCACGGGGCUGAAGCCUGAGCAGGUGGAGCGGCUGAUCAAGGAGUUCUCCAUCUAUAUGACGAAGGACGGACGAAUCUCUGUGGCAGGAGUUACAUCGGGCAAUGUAGGUUACCUGGCUCAUGCCAUCCAUCAAGUCACAAAGUAAAGACAAAGGUGUGCUGGAGCUGGUGGCCUUCCCUUCUCCACCGGUCGAAGAUGGGGAGGGAAAGGAAACGAGCAGAAUACUUCCAACCACAGCACUUGACGCCGCUGCUGAAUGUAUCUUGUAGAUGAGUUGUUGUAGAAGCCUAGUCAAAACCACCCUGCGUUGUGGAGCAGGGACAUCGUUGCUGGCUCCCGCUCGCCACAGCCGUUCUCCCCUGCUGUCCAUCCUUUGUCCAUCAGCCCCAGCACCCAUCUACACUGGAGGAAGCAAAUGCUUAGCACUGCCAUCCUACCAGCGUAGGCACCAAAGGCUUCCCCACACUCGUUUCUCCGCAAGAAGGCUUUGUGAGGCUGUUGGCCGCUGGCCCAAGCGGCAGCGGGCGAGGAGCUGGGUGGGCUGAGUGGGAGGGCUGCUCAGGUGUGCCCCUGCCACCUCCUCAGCUGGUCCCUGCUGCCAGCAGGCUCCAUCCUCCUCAUCCUCCGAGCCUGGGGCUGGGCAGCACCAAAGCUGCCCU